CCCCAGCGCAGAGCAGCGCCGGCAGCCGGCGCCGCGAUGGAGGAAGAGCUGAAGUGUCCUGUGUGCGGCUCUCUGUUUCGGGAGCCUAUCAUCCUGCCCUGUUCCCACAAUGUCUGCCUGCCUUGCGCUCGCACCAUCGCGGUGCAGACCCCGGACGGCGAGCAGCACCUACCCCAGCCGCUCCUGCUUUCCCGGGGCUCGGGGCUGCCCGCGGGUGCCGCCGCUGCUCCCUCACUGGAGCACGACGCGGCGGCGGGCCCGGCCUGCAGCGGUGCCGGCGGGAGUGCAGCUGGCGGCCUCUGCGGCGGCGGUGCGGUAGGUGGUGGAGACCACGCGGACAAGCUGAGCUUGUACAGCGAGACAGACAGCGGCUAUGGGUCCUACACCCCGAGCCUCAAGUCCCCCAACGGGGUUCGCGUGCUGCCCAUGGUGCCCGCACCACCCGGCUCCUCCGCCGCCGCGGCUCGGGGUGCCGCCUGCUCCUCGCUAUCCUCGUCUUCGAGCUCCAUCACGUGCCCGCAGUGCCACCGCAGUGCCUCCCUGGACCACCGCGGCCUGCGUGGCUUCCAGCGAAACCGGCUGCUCGAGGCCAUCGUGCAGCGAUACCAGCAGGGCCGCGGGGCCAUGCCGGGGGCGUCUGCAGCCGCGGUGGUGGCCAUCUGCCAGCUGUGCGACCGCACCCCGCCAGAGCCAGCAGCCACGCUCCGCGAGCAGUGCGAAGUCCUUUACUGCGCUACCUGCCAGCUCAAGUGCCAUCCAUCCCGGGGACCCUUCGCCAAGCAUCGCCUGGUGCAGCCGCCGCUGCCACCGGCGCCCGCCGAGGCAGCCUCCGGGCCCACUGGCGCCGCCCAGGGCGCCCCCAGCGGAGGCGGCGGCUGCAAGAGUCCGGGAGGCGCAGGGGCCGGGGCGACUGGGGGCAGCACGGCCCGCAAGUUCCCCACGUGUCCCGAGCAUGAAAUGGAGAACUACAGCAUGUACUGCGUGAGCUGUCGAACCCCGGUGUGCUAUCUGUGCCUGGAGGAGGGCCGGCAUGCCAAGCACGAGGUGAAGCCGCUGGGGGCCAUGUGGAAGCAGCACAAGGUGAGCCCCCGGGACGCGGGAGUGCAGGUGCCAGGGAAGAGGGUACGAGGAGAAAGGCUCUUGGCCUCUCCCUUGGAGAGCUGGCAGAAAGUUGGUCAGAGGGUCAAGCAGGAAUUACCUCACUCAUUAGCCAUUCAUUCCAUCAGAUAG